AAAAAGCAUAUGGCAUAUGCACAAUCACCUUCCUUAAUAUCCAAAGCGGUCAGCCCUAAUUGUUCCCAUCCGUGUCCACUUUUCCGCGAUCUCCGCAACGAACGGAGUCUUCUAACCGUGACGAGGAGGUUGCUCUGCUGCCUCCUCACGUACCCUGGCUAUGGCCUUCAUCGCGUCCAAGCUCGUUCGAGCAGCCCUAGCAUCACGCCCCGUUGGAGAUAUUGCUGGUAGUAUUUCCCCGUGUCUCCCCCGGCUCUCUCUGACUGGCGGUUCCAUCCGUCGCAUGUCUGCAGCUGCAGACGGUUCUGAGAUAGAAGAAAUUCUCGGACUCCGCGGCUUUGUGGCGGACAUAAAUCCAGAAGAAAAAUUUCCCCUUGUUGAUGAGAAUUCCAUUAAGUCCAAGGAAUCUCUGUGGGCUUUGUAUAAAUGCUGGUGCAAGUAUCGUGGGGUAUCUCGUAGCCAUGAAGAAAUGACCCGUCGGUUCAGUUCAUUUAGGGCUUCUGCAAUGCGCGUGUACAAAAACAACAAUUCUAGAUCGUCGCAAGUGUCUCAACUGGGCCCAUUUGCAGAUAUGACCAAGGCGGAGAUUGCUCGCCUGUUUCCUCCUCGUGGUCCCAAGUGCCGCUUUGGGGGGUCCAGGAGGUGGUGCAGCCCUUAAAUAAAUAACUAAUUGGCGAAAUUAUGAACUCGUCUUGUAUUGUAGUUUAUGGUAAGCUCUGUCGUACUGGAAGUAUCGUUGCUCUAUGGUUCUUCUCAUGGAAUGUUCUGUUCCCAAGUGCAGCUUUUUUGGGGGGGCGCAUGAGCUAGUGCAGCCCUUGAAUAGUUAAUUGACAAAAUUAUGAACUUGUCUUCUAUUGUUGUGUAUGGUGAACUCUGUUGUGCUGGAAGUAUUGUUGCUCUAUGGUGCUUCUCAGGGAAGC